AUGGGCACAUUGAAGAAAGUUAAGGGUGCUUGGGAUAUUAAGAAGGAAGGAAAGCAGCAGAAGAGAAAUAGUACGGUCAAAAUUGUGGAGGAAAAAGAGCAGGAAGUUGACGAUAGCGACUUGAACGAAAGUGAAGGGGUAGAGUAUGAAGAGUUCACAGGGUUUAACGAUGAAGAAGUAAUUGAGGAGGAGGAGUCAGAUAACGAUAGUGACGAAUCGCUUGAUGACGACCAGAAAGAUGUGAUGGCCCAGCUGAUGAAGUUGAAAGGAGCUAAAAAGGGCAGCAACUUGAAAAUCGUCAAGGAGGACGACCUGCAAGACGAGGUAUUUGAUAAAACGGACGACGAUCUCGAAUACUACGCGAAGAAGCUUGGCAUCAAGAAAAAUAGCAAACUCAAAAAAGCUAACGAGCACGAUACCAUCGGAGGGCUCUUAGAUGGUCUCGAACUCGAUGGUUUAGGGUCUGAGGAAGAGGAAGAGGAAGAGGAAGAAGCUUCCACCACGGACUCUCUGGACGAAGAGGACAGAGAGCUGUUGAAACAAAUGGGUGAAUUGGAGACUUCUGAAAGCGAUUCAGACUCAGAUGUUGGCCCUUCUGUGCGUGAAAAUCCGUACGUUGCUCCAGUUCCUGCAGGAAAGUAUGUUCCUCCGGCUUUACGUCGUAAGAUGCUUGAAAAUGACGAUAGUGAAGAGAUGCAAAACAUCAUUCGUUUUGUCAAGGGUCCGUUCAACAAACUGUCUGAGGCGAACCUUUUGACAGUCGUGAAUGACCUCAAUGCAUUGUAUACUGAAAAUGCCCGCAAAAUCGUCAACGAAGCCAUAAUCAAGGUGGUCUUCCAAUCGGUGCUGAUUUCGACACCAAUGCUUGACAGCUUUCUCGUUCUCUAUGCCACAGUUAUUGUUGCGCUCUACCGUUUGCAGGGAGUCGACUUUGGCGCGUAUGCGAUCCAGACGCUGGUUGAAAAGCUUUGCGAGUAUGUGAAGACAGAAAGUUCCAAUAAGGAGGCUUCGAACCUGAUUGGGCUGAUUUCCUUUUGCUACGAACUGAAUCUGCUUUCUUCCAGAUUAAUGUAUGACGUGAUUGGACAGAAGCUGAUAGAUACCCCCACAGAAUUCAGGACGGAGCUCUUGCUAAAGGUGAUCAGAUCCUGCGGUUCAAAACUCCGCUCGGAUGAUCCUACCUCGCUUAAGGAAAUUGUUCUUACUUUAAACAAGAACGUGGGCUCUGAUAUGAGCACCAGAUCCAAGUUUCUGGUUGAAACUGUUUCCAACUUGAAGAACAACAAGCUGAAGCAUCUUGAGAACGAGGCCACCUCGGAGCUAGUAACUAGACUGAAAAAACAGCUGGGAAGAAUUAGGAGUGCCGAUCCUAUCAAAGUGACCCUGAAUGAUAUAGAAAACAUCAACGAAAAGGGGAAAUGGUGGCUUGUUGGGUCUGCUUGGAAAGGAGAAGAGAAAAAAACCGAAGAGUCUACAAAGUCUGUGAUCGAUGCGCUAGACAAGUCUGAGCCGAACUGGCUGGAACUUGCUAAACUACAUAGAAUGAACACGGACAUCAGACGUGCGAUUUUCAUAUCCAUCAUGUCCGCUAGCGAUUACAUGGAUGCAUACGUCAAGUUGGAGAAACUGCGGCUAAAGAAGACCCAACAACGCGAAAUUCCUCGAAUUUUGAUGCAUUGUGCUUCCAUUGAGACUGUUUUCAAUCCAUAUUACGCUUUUGUUGCCAAAAAGCUUUGUGGGGACCACGCCAUGAGAAAGACGUUCCAGUUCAACUUGUGGGAUUUCCUUAAAGAGUUGGAAGGAGAGGAAAACGAAGAUUUCGAAGACACACCGGACGAAGAUGAAAAACUGAAGAAAAUACUCAAUCUGGGAAGAUUGUUCGGCACUCUUGUUGGCGAGGGGUCUUUGCCGCUAAACGUGUUACGAACUGUCAAUUUCCUCACUGCUAGCGAAGAUACGAAAUUAUUUGUCGAGAUAUUUAUGAUUAGUUUCUUUGAUAGUGUCGGAAAGCUGUCAGAGCAGAAGAUCUUUGGUGCCGGCAACAAAAAGCACAAGGCAGAAGACACGCGAUAUAACGACAAGACAAUGGUCGAGCGGAUCAAUAAAUGCAAGGAACAACCCACGUUACUCAAAGGGUUGCAAUACUUUUUACAGCAUAAGGUUAGAGACAGCACCUUUAUCAAAGGACCAAAGCAGCUGUCAAGAGUUCAUUGGGGAGUCGACUCCAUGAGCGAUAUAGUUGGAGAACUACUUGCCUAA